CGUCGCCAUCCCCCGAUAUUAUGUGAAAUGAAUCAAGUUUUACAUCAACAUCUUUUUAGAGGACGCUGCUUUAACCCAAGUUAUUUAAAUAAUAUCGCAUUCUCGUAAUUUCAAACAUUCAUUGUGGGCUAAUCGAGAUAAAGUACACAACAUCAAGUAGUCAGCGGUAUCAAUCAUUCAGUUUUCAGUGACACUUUCUACAUUUAGUAAAGCUCAGGUGAUUUAUUUAGAAAAGGGAAAACUACACUCACUGAAUGUGAAUUAAAUGCACUUCAACCAAAGCACGCAAGCUGUUGUUAUUUCUGUCGCGGUAUUGAUGAAAUGUGGCGGUGUAUACAUUUGAUGGAAAUUAAUUAUAUAAUUUGAGGUAGAGAUAUAAGUAUUAAUAGCUGCGGAAGAUAAUUGAUUAAAAUAACAGCGAUUUGGAUAUGGCGAGAAAAGUCCCAGACGAUGUUCAGAAGGUAUUCGACAAGUACACGGUGAACUUUGUGCGCCGCCUCAACAAGGACACGGCGUUAGAGAUGCUGGCCAAGGAGUUUAAGUUGGAGGGUGCGCGCGCAGAACUCAUGUUCGAAAUGUUCGACAAGGACCGCAACAACAUUCUCAGCGCGUGGGAGUUCUACCUCUUCUACGCGUCAUUCGGAUACGAAGCCAACGCGUACCUAGACAAAUACGAGGCGCUGCAGGGCGGCUCGGGGUCGGCGGACGUGGCGGGGGCCUGGGACUUUCUAAAGGGGCUCAAGACCCUUUCCGGUCGGCCCUUCGAGGACGAUGAACUCGAGACGACCAUGAAGAGCAUCAUGGGAGAGGAGAAAGUGCUCGACCAGAAACGCUUCAUUGAGCUCAUCAGCCGUAUUAAGUUAACGCGAAAUUAACGAUUUAUAAACUACAACAUAGGCCGUGUUUUUAUAAGAAUGUUGGAUUUCACGUGGGUCUGUUGAAGGAUAUUACGGUAGAUUUUUUUUACAGUUGAGCAGAGCAGCAGAUCAAGAGUAGGAAUAUCCUAUAAACAGGCUGGCAGAGGGAAAUUGUGGCUUAAUGGACACAAUGAUUGUGAGAACAUGAACAUGUUUGCUUUAUUUAAUUAACGAAAUGUAUUUGCUUCAGCCUCACUUAUUUAACGUGAUGUUCUCAGUGCUUGCAGUUUUUUCCGCGUAAGUAUCACACUAUCGGUAAAUUAAUUGUGCUCUUACAUUCCACGUUUCAAUACCAUUUAAAUGUGUUCCUUUCAACAUUGAACAUGCGUGAAUUUACUUAAGUAUCGUUUUAUCAACCAUCAGUUUCGUUAUAGACCAUCGUUGGUUUAGUAAUUUAUAUGCAUGUGCUUUAAUAACUGUUUUAUCAAACUCUUUCUGCGCAUUACUUAUUAGGUUGUAUUUCAUAUCUUUUUUUUUAUAAGCAAAGAUGUUAGUUUAUUACUAUAUGGAUAUUUAAAGAAAUAUCUUCGUUAAAGUUUGUCAAUAUUUGACAGAACUACACCUUUAGUGACGUUUGAUUUUAUUGAGACGCCGUCUGUGAAAACCGGCGUUAAUGCAUGUGCGCAACGCAGGUCGCAUAGGCUAAUCUGGGACGACACUUUCCGCCUUGGUUGGAUUUCGUUUUAUUAGAGACUCAUUUAAAACAGAAAAUUCCAUAAAGCAAAGUGUCGUCCCUGAUGCGGACUGAACAUGCUAAUCUGGGACGAUGCAUUAAGCCUGGUUUUCACAAAGCGCGUCUCAUUUGGGAAUGUCAUCUUAACCGAUCACUCAUUCCACACGAUUUCUGUUGUUGAUACACAACUAUGUUAGCGAGUUCAUGUGCAUAUAAUUAUUUUUAUUAUGACAUUUACUACCAGUAGAAGGCGUUGUGUUGUAUAGUUAUUUUAGAAUUGUUGGCUAUUCAUAUAAAACACUGAAUACAUGUACGUUACAUCUGGAAAAUCAUGAACAUGUACUGGUAUGUUCUUAUUCCACAUCCUCCAUAACAUACAUUCUUCAUUUUGGUUUAAAUUAAUGUAUCAAAAUGCGUUUUACCUGUAUAAAACUUGUUAUUUUUAAUACAAAAUACAUGGAUAAACAAUUUAAAAAACUAAA